AUGGUUCAUAGAAUUAAGGAGAUGUAUCUGAUCAUGUAUCUUUUAUCAUUCAUGUAUUUGGUUUUAGAAUUAUCUUCUGCAGGCCCGAAACCAAUAUCAUCCACUUCCCACGCCACGAAAUUUGGGAUGUCUGGUGCUGCAGUUUUCAAGCCAGCAGGCAUUGGUCUGCAUUUAAAUAGCUUAGUCAAAGUAUUGCCUGUGAGUGGUGUUGAAACUUUAGAAUCAACUGAGAAUGCAGUGAAUUAUCAAACUUCAUCAAAAGCGGUUGAUGGUUUAUUGAAGCCAAGCGAGCAUCGUUCUACUGCAUGUGAUAAAGGGGAAUGUACUGAAUUGAGUCCGCAAAAUAAAAGGAAAAGGUCAACAGGCUCCGGUGACGGAGAUGAAUGCAAAAACUGCACCUGCAAGAAGACGAAUUGUCUGAAACAAUACUGUGAGUGCUUUGCUUCUGGAUACUACUGUGCUGAAACUUGUUCUUGCCAAGGGUGCUCUAACAUCCCUGAAUACCAAGAUAAAUUAGUUCUUGCAGCAAAGACACAAAUCAUAUCUAAGUCAACACCUUCCUCUGCAAGGCUUAAAAGAGGGUGCAGCUGCAAGAAGUCGAUGUGCCUGAAAAGGAAAUUAUGUGAUGUGUAUCGAUUGCCUAAAAAUUCGACUACUUUGCCUCAAAAGUCCAAAGUAGGAUGCUCUGAUGGAUGCCGGUGUGCUGAGUGUAAGAACACCUAUGGCAAGAAAGAAGAAUGUGGCUCAGGUAAGCAUAUUGCCGUCGCAGAAGCCACCGUGGAUAUGUCAGAAAAGUCAUUUGAUCAGGAGUUGGAUACUCUCUUGCAUUCUGAGCUCAGCAUUCCUGAUCAAAAUAUGACAAAUGAUGUGAAUAGUCAACCAUGUUCCGGAAGUGGCUCCUUUUCAUUAAUCCCAUCUGUGGAGGACCAACCUGACAUGGACUUUGAUGACAUUUUGAAAGAUCUUGACAUAUCAGCACUACUAGAGGAUGAUCUGGACAUAUCAGCAAUGCUAGAGGAAGACUUCAUCCCAAUUUCUCAAGUAGAAGUGAUAUCUCCUGAGAAUGAAAUUAGAGCUUCUCCCUCGCAGAGUGGCAUAGGUGAGCUAAGACCUAGCUCUUCGAUGACUAGACUUGCACCUGGCCGCAAAUAUGUUUUGAAGGCUGUUCAUUCUAUUCCACCACUUGCACCCUGCACUGAUCCCAAAAGCACUGGCAGUCCAAAUACAAAUGCUUAG